AUGCUAACGGCAAUGAUAGAGACUGGUUCUAAUACUGAAAAAGUUAAGGAAAGUGACAAUAUAACUAUUGAAGAUAAGAGGUCAUUAAUUAGGCGGGAUCCCUCAUUCUCCGGUUGGGGUGAAGAGAAUGGGAACUUACAGCCAACUCUAUUAGAAAAUCAGGAUUUGAACUCAGAGGACUUCAAUUUUGAACAGAUUUUGGUACAACGGAGUGGGUUAGAAAAUGCAAAUUUAGGGGGAGAGAGACACCAUUCUAGUAAGCUUCAGUUAAGGAUGGAUCGUAGUAGUGAUGUGGACGAUGCAUCCACUAAUGAUGUGAGAAACAGGAACGAGAAUUAUGAGCCCUUUGGUGUUGAAAAUAGUAUAAAAAAUGAUCAGAGAUAUUCCGACCACUAUUGGAAGAGACGCAGAUUAACAGAGCUGCGUUGCCUACGGAAAGCGAAGGAUUGGUCUUGGCGAUAUGAGGGAUUGGUGUUGGCGAUUAGAGAUGAGGAAUUGCAGACAAUGGCGAUUCGAUCGCGAGAGAGGGGCUGGAAUUUAGGGCUCAUGGUCGUUGAGAGGGAGUGA